AAGCACACACUAAAACCGGCAGCGAGUUAUACACGUAGGUAACACAAGGAAAGGAUGGAUCGCCGCGCUAGCUCUGUCGUCCCGAGCGUCUGCGUCCAGAUCCCCGACCAGCCCCAGCUGCCGACCACACCGUUCGAGCCGCACAAGGCCAUACAUACACUGACCCCUUGCGUCCGCUCCGGCGACGGCGACGACGUGGCGCCGCCGGAGCGCCGGCUCACCGUGCUGGCCAUGCAGCUCGCGGUCCUCGAGAAGGUCGUGAGCCUCCUCGGCACGUUGGCCUUCAUCACGGCCACGGUGGCCCUGCUCGGCGGCUUCGCCAUCACGCUCGGCCGCACCGACUUCUGGUGCAUCACCGUGCUGCUGCUCACCGAGGGCGCCCGCAUCCAGGGCCGCAGCCACGAGCUGGAGUGGCAGCAGAGGGCCACGCCCACGUGGCGCCCGCCCGUGUAGUGGGCCGCCGUCGGCCACGUCUUCCACUGGCUCCAGCUGCUGUCCGCCAAGGUGUGCGCCGCCGUCUCCCUCGUCCGCCUCCUCACCCAGCGCUACGGCGGCGACAGCUGGACCAACCGCCGCGCCGCGCUCAACAUAUUCUACGGGCUCGCGCUCCUGGAGUCGCUGCUGUUCCUCGUGGAGAAGGCCCUGUGGCAGUGGAGGGUGGGGCACCAGCGCCUCCUCGAGCGCGUCGCCAUGGAGUGCCACCUCGCCACCCCGUCUGGCCUCGUCGCCGUCCGCCGCUUCUUCUACGAGUCUUACUCCCGGAGCCUGAAUGAGAGCAUCUUCGAUGGCCUGCGCAUGAACCUCGUGUCCUACGCCGACGACAUGCUCACCGCGGGCUCGUACGACGACCAGAGCCUCGGGGCCGGCAUCCUUGGCGCGCUCGCCGAGUCCCACGGCCUCGCUGAUCCCAUGAUCCGCAAGAUCGGCAUGUCCGCGUCCACCAUCGAGCGGCUCGUCCAGAUGCUCAGCUGGAAGAGCACGUCCGAGAUGGACGUGCGCAGAUCGGCCGCGGUUGUCGUCUCCAUGCUCACCGAGAGGAAGCUCGUCGCCCUCCGCGUCGCCAGCAUCCCUGGGGCGAUGGCGUCCGUCGCUUCGUUGCUGUACGCCGACCUCGACGAGCUCAACCUCCUCGGCCUCUCCAUCCUCAAUAAGCUGGCGCACGACCAUGGCAACUGCGACAAGAUCGGCAAGACCCGUGAUCUCCUUGACAAGAUUGUUUCCUACUGUAGCAUCGCUGGCGUGGGACAGGCAGAAGCACCGACGACGACGGACAUGCGACUGAAGGCGGUGAAGCAGUCGCUCCUCGUGGUGAAGAGCCUGACGGACAUGACCGGAACCAUCGGGAAGCUUCUUCGGAGGGAGCUCUCCGACAUCGUGUUCACCGUGAGCAAUCUCAGGGAGGUGCUGGAGCAGCGUGACGGAAAGGUCCAGUCGGAGCUGCAGCAGCUGGCGAUCGAGGUACUGACGAGCCUCGCCAUGGACAAGGAGGCGAGGGAGAUGAUAGGCGCGACGGGGGGCGUGAUCGAAGAGCUGGUCGCGAUAUUUCUACCGGAACAGGACCAGGCGAGGGUAAACCGGCAGACGGACGCGAUCCGGGUGGAGGCCGGCGAGGCGCUGGCCAUGCUUGCGCUGGAAAGCAGGACCAACUGCGGCACCAUAAUAAUGGCUUGCGGCGGAGGCGUGGAGCGGCUGGUCGAGGCUCUGAGUGACCCCAUCGUCGUCAUCGGGGCGGCGACAAUCCUGCGCAACCUGUGCACCUUCGCCGGGGACGAGUGGCACCUGGCCUCGGCAUGCGUGACAGAAAAGGCGCUGGUGCAAACGCUGCUGCAGAUCCUGCGGGAGUACAGCCGCCCGUGCGUCGCCGUCCCCCGGAUCCGCCGUUACACCAUCGAGCUCACCGUCGCCAUGAUGCGGCUGGACCCGCGUUACAUCGCCAUGUUUGUGGAGCAUGGGAUGGAAGGCGAACUGAGGCGCAUCGCGGGCACCACCUCGGAGCUCGAGUGCUACAACGGCUGCUCGCUUGUCACGUCUGCAUUGGAGCUGAU